AUGUCGGCUUUAACCUGCUGCUUUAUCGUAUGCAAAAUCUUUCUCGACCCAUUUGCACCGAGGUCCACCGAGGUUCUAGGGAAAUCUAAGGGUAACCCAAAGGGUCUUACGAAAAGCAGCGAUGUAGUGGACGAUGCAGUGGAAAGGAUGUUUGAACCUCUUGUAGAACAACAACAUCCAUCAUACAAAAAUGAAACUAGAGCGAGGGAUCAAUAG